AUGAAACCAGAAGAGCGCCUAAAAGCAGUGAAGGAAAAUCAUGCCUGCUUCAGUUGUCUUAAAAGGGCUGGACGCGACCACAAAGCAUCGAACUGCAGCCGAAGAAAGCAAUGUGAACAAAAGGUUAAUGACGUGCAAUGUAAAUACUAUCACCAUGUUCUUUUGCAUUCUGCGGAUCCUCGAGCAUCAGUGGGUCUUGCAACACUAGGAAGUAAUGCUGAAGCAAUACUACCAGUCAUCACUGUGAAGCUAUCUGGCAAGAAUAACCAGCACAAGAAUAGUAACAUCUUACUGGACACAGGAGCACAAACGAGCCUUAUCUGUACAACCACUGCAGAAAGUCUGAAUCUAAAGGGAAAAGAUGUUUCAAUAACGAUCACAAAAGUCCAAGGGGAUGAAGAAGUGCUCGAGACGAAAGUGUAUCAAGUUCCCAUAACUUCGCUGGAAACAGGUGCAAAAUUUACGGUCAAGGCAGUUGGGAUUCCACAUAUUAGCAGUGAUGUCUCAAGGAUCGAUAUUCAUAACUUGAAGGCACAGAUUGGUAUUUCAACGAUGUACAGAGAAUGUGGACCAAUUGAGAUGCUUAUUGGAAUUGAUCACGCUUACAUGCACUCGGGAGAUUCAAAGAAAAUUGGUAUAAACAUUGUAGCGAGACAUUCGCCUCUCGGUUGGAUCGUUUUUGGAGCAACACCAGGAUUACAGGAAACAAAUAGAGUAUUUCACGUUCAGUAUGCCAAACCUGUAGAUCUAACGGACUUUUGGAAAAGUAAAUCAAUGGGUGUUAGUCAACCAAAAAUUGAAAUGACAAAGCUAAGCAAAAUCGAACAAGAAGCCAAACUGAUAGAAAAGGGAUGUAAAUUGAUUGGAAAUCGGUGGCAAAUGGCCUACCCAUGGAGUACCGAUCCAAAAACACUUCCUGACAAUCGAGAACAAGCAGUUAAAAGAAUGGAAGCAAGGGAAAGACGGCUGAAGCAGAACCCGGAACAAGCAAAAGCAUAUCAAGAACAGAUGGAACAAAUGGAAUCACUUGGUUUUUCACGAAAGUUAACAGAACAAGAAAUAAAGGAAUAUAACGGUCCACUCCACUACAUCGCACAUCACGAAGUCGUUCGACCUGAUAAAAAGAGUACACCUGUUAGAAUCGUAUUCAAUUCGUCAUCGAAAUACAAAGGACAAUGUCUCAAUGAUUGCUGGGUAAAGGGCCCCGAUCUCCUGAACAAUCUGUUUGGAGUAAUCCUUAGAUUUCGAGAGCAACCAGUUGCUGUUAGCGGAGAUAUAUCGAAGAUGUAUAUCGGAUUGGAAUUCCAGAGGAGGAUCAGCACGUACAUCGAUUCGUAUGGAGAGAUAUGGAUACGACAAGACCACCUGACACUUAUGUAA